CGGGUAGAUGCGUUCUCCUAUUUUGGUAGUUCCGAACAUCGAAGGACUAAAGCAGAGCAAAACUCCUAACAUAUCAAUAAUCUCUCAUGGGUCAAUUCUGUUCCGCUACCGGAAUAAGCUUCAACGGAGCUUACCCCGAGGGUACAUUGGUAAAGUGGAGAUGGGGAUCCAGAAUGGGGGUUAACGAGCAGGGUCUUAUCAGUAGCUAAUUUAACUAUUGUCUUAGUCUCCACGGACAUCCGACGGUCCACCGAAGGCUGGCCGCGGAGUAUCAGAACGUAUAUAAGGAAGGAAUUGGUCAAUUCUAAAGCCAUGGCCGCUGACAGGUUGAUGCGUGUCACUCAGUUCCCGUCGACAUGCAUUUACAGAACCUCCUCGUCGUUAGCUCCCUGGCAACAGGCGCAGUAGCAGGGAACUUCCGGAGACAAGCCCCCACAAAUGGAACAGGGACUGCGUGUGCACAAAUAAGUAGCAGGGCAGCUAAGACCUUAGCGGCUUCGCCCUCGGCUACCCCCGUCGUGGAUGGUGAGCUUGCUCUGGCUUGCUUGAAGUCCGUUCCUUUGGGAAAGAAUGAGGCCAUCCAAUUGAUGGAGUCAAUAUUCCCAUACGUAGAGUGGCAAUCUGACACCUCGUAUAUUAAAAACCCACCCUCCGCUUACCUGGAACCGGCGGUGGAUAUCUGGGCUGAACUGGACAAAGUGAAUGACAAGGUCAAGUCUGAUGCCUAUAAAGGCGAAUAUGAUUUUCAAGCCGAUCUCUUUAAGGCGUUCAACCUGGCCCAUGACGGACACUUCCGUUUCUUUCCAGACCUGUUGACCAAGGCACUGACUUUCCACCGCAAUGUCGGCUUGGUCUCUGUCAGCUUAGAUGGCAAGAAGACUCCCGAAAUUUUCGUGCAUAGUGACAUCGUCGAGAAGGUGGAGAACGGCUUCGAUCCCUCUCCGGUCAAAACGAUCAAUGGGGGAGAUGCCGUGAAGUACCUUGAAGAUUGGUCUCAGCUUGGAAGUCUUAAUGACCCCGAUGCACUUUACAACUCACUGUUCUUCUCAAAGCCCUUUGCAGCCAGCACCCCAGACUUCGAAGGUUAUUUCUCGGGCAGUGCUCGCUUUGGGUACCUUUGGCCGGGGGCUAAAACUACGAUUGGGUUUGCAAACGGAACAAGCAGGGUUUAUCGAACCACAGCACAAGUCAAAGGAGAUUUCACCGGAGUGACUGAUGGAGAGAGCAUGUAUCAAAAGUUCUGCACCGGUCCUACCAGCACGGCGGCAUCUGCUGCCUCAUCGUCCACAUCGGCAUUGGCAACACCCUCGGCGACAGCGAUAGCAACUCCAGCGCCUGGCUACCCCGACCCUGAGGUCAUCAGCUCCGACAAUGUCGUCUCUGGCUAUUUCCUGGACUCCGACCGGAACUCAGAGGUAGCCGUGCUGAGCAUGUUGUCUUUCGAGCCCAGCACCCCGGCCGAAUUCCAAAAGGUCGUCGAAACAUUCCUCCGACAAGCAAAGGCAGCGGGCAAGAAGAAGCUCGUCAUUGACCUUUCCGGCAACGGAGGAGGCUACAUUCUCCAAGGCUACGAUACCUUCCGCCAGCUCUUCCCCAGCAUCGUCCAGGACGGAUACACGCGCUUCCGCUACACCGAGGCCUUAGCCGCCAUGGCCGAACAAUUCGAAUCAGCCCUCAAAGACUACAAUCCCGAAACAGCAACCGACGCCGAAAUCCAAAUGUUCGAAUCGCCACCAAACUACCGCUACGACGUGAACCUCCAAGGCAGGCACUUCACUUCCAGCGAGGAAAAGUUCGGCCCACACGAGUACAACGGCGACCCAUACACAAGCAUCAUCCGCUGGGACCUGGACGACCCGCUCACGACCAUCAACGAGACCUACGGCAUGGGCAUGGACAUCACAGGCUAUGGAUCUCGCCGGAACUUCACCCAGCCGUUCGCAGCAGAAGACAUCGUCAUGCUCUACGACGGCUACUGCGCCUCGACCUGCACGCUCUUCUCCGAGUUCAUGCGUCUUCAAGGUGGCGUCAAGAGCAUCGCUAUUGGCGGCCGUCCAUCCACGGACCCCAUGCAGGGGAUCGGUGGUAUCAAGGGCUCCAACAAUUUUGCCUUUGGCUACAUCUAUUCCCUGGCUCAGUUGGCCAUUGAGUCCGCUACUCCCGGGCAGCAACACUCGGCUAACUGGUCUGCUCUCACUGAGCUGAGCACACUACCCACCAACCGCUCGACGGAUACCUCGAUCAACGUGCGGGACAAUAUACUGCCGGAUAACCUGGAAGACGGGCUCCCGUCGCAGUUUGUGUAUGAGAAGGCCGAUUGCCGUCUGUUCUACGAGCCUGAGAUGGUCGUCGACGUCACGGCGAUGUGGGAGGCUGCGGCCGAUGCGGCAUGGGGAAGCAAGGAGUGCGUCAACGGGCACCUCGAUCUGAAGAAGCGGACCGUUACGAGGCAUCGCCGGAGUAGGAAGACCCUACCGCGCAUGAUGACCGUGGAUGUGCCUGCCAACCCGGUGUCGGACCGCGUGUCUUGGUGGACACAGAAGCAUGGUACCAAGGUACCUCUGUGAUUAGUCUCAGUAUUUUAAUGAAUCGUAAGGUCAUGGUGAUGCAUGCAAGGUAUUGAGCUCCCCAGCUUCCCUCAGCGUAUACAAUGGCCCGAUGUUGGGGUUGGGGGGAAGAAAUGGGUUCAAACGAGAUCAUGUAAGAUAUCAGUGGUACAUGCCUACAUAAUAGUUUCUUAGCAAGCUCCAGUUCUGCAACGUGUCUGAACUUGU